AGGCACUUUGUUUUAUGUCUAGAAGCUGAAAACACAUUGAGAUAUCAUGCUGAAGGAACUUUGUCUGCUACUUUGCGCCACAUAUGUGGCUGCAACCUUCAGCACAGGUUACCCCUCCUAUCCCACCAAUCCAUACCAGCCCUAUCCCUCUUCUGGAGGAUCAAGAUACGUAGUUUAUCUCCAAUAUCUGUACUACCUGUACGUAACCUAUGGACCAACCUCUGUCCAGUACCGUCAGCUCUACUACUACCUGAUCCGACUCCACGUUAUUCCUUCAGGAUUCAACUUUGGGGGCUCUCCUGGUGGGUUUCCAUUAGGAGGUUCCACUGGAGGAUUCCCAAUCGGCGGUGGUAUUGGAGGACUUCCACUAGGAGGAUCUGGCUCCCCAUUGGGAGGAAGUGGAUUGGGAGGCGGAUUCCCAAUUGGAGGCGGUAGUCUUGGGAGUGGUUUACCUAUUGGAGGAUCAAGUUUCCCAAUUGGAGGCGGUAGUCCAGGAAGCAGUUUUCCAAUCGGUGGUGGAAUAAGUGGUCUUCCUAUUGGAGGAUCUGGCUUUCCAUUAGGAGGAAGUGGUUUGGGAGGCGGACUUCCAAUUGGAGGCGGUAGUUUAGGAAGUGGUUUACCAACUGGAGGACUCAGUUUCCCGAUUGGAGGUGGUAGUCCAGGAAGCAGUUUUCCAAUCGGUGGUGGAAUAAGUGGCCUUCCUAUUGGAGGAUCUGGCCUCCCAGGAAGCGGUUCAGGAGGAGGUUUCCCUAUCGGUGGUGGAAGUCUAGGAAGGGGUUUACCAGUUGGAGGAUCUAUUAUUCCGAUUGGAGGAUCAAGUUUCCCAAUCGGUGUUGGUGGGCCAGGAAGUGGCUUUCUAACUGGAGGAUCUAACUUCCCAAUUGGAGGGGGAAAUCCAGGUCUUGGCGGAUUUCCAUCAAACAGUGGUUCACUAAGCUUUUCUAGCAGCGGAUCUAGCCUCCAGUCUGGUAGCUCUGGAUUCCCAAUUUCCGGUGGAUUCCCAGGAUCAUCUGGUCUUAGUGGAUUCCCUAGCGGACUUUCUGGCCUAACUUCUGGAUUGAGUGGUUUAAGUGGUUUAACCAACGGAUUCCCAGGAAGUUUUGGUCCAAGCAGAGGUCAUGGCGGAUACAAACCCAAAGGUGGCAUCUACUAAGUUGUGGAAUUGAACUCUGACUAUCGAAGAUGGAUUUAAAAUCUAGAUUUUCUGAAAAUUGAGUGUAAUGGUUACGGAAUAAACAGCAGACACCAAUAAUCAA